UGUUGAGCGUGGUGGCCGGAGAGUGAGAGGAGAUAGAGAGAGAGAGAGAAGAUGGGCGGAGGCGGACAUGGAGGGGGCACGACCUACAAGGGCAUCACCGUGCACCAGCCCAAGCGGUGGCACACCGUCACCGGCAAGGGCCUGUGCGCCGUCAUGUGGUUUUGGGUCCUGUACAGGGCUAAGCAAGAUGGGCCUGUAGUACUGGGUUGGCGACAUCCUUGGGAGGGUCAUGAAGAUCACUCCCAUGGCCAUGGACAUGUACAUGGACAUGAUCACGAGGCAUCCCAUUGAAAAGCCGGAAAGGGAUAACACAAAAAAGCCAGGGGUUCUAACGCAGUGUAUCUGGAUUAUCUGUGUUCCUUUGAGUUCAAAUAAAGAUCUCUGUGAGAUUUAUGAUCUCAUAACAGCAAUUCUGUUAGCUUGUAAGGAUGCUAAACAUUUUCGGUGUGCAAAAGCUUAUACUUGAGCAUUC